GCUGACAAUAUUUUCAGAAAGCAUGAAGUUAUUAGCUUUUGUGCUAGUUUUAUUGGUAUGUCUACAAUCUUCUGCUGCUGCUGAGUUCCAAGGUAAGGACAAUACAUUUUUUACCAAAUAUGCUAAUCUUCAAUUGUUAUUAGCUACCAUUAGAUAAGAUAACAUAGAAAAGUUGACUUUGAACAGACAAGCUAUCAUAGGUAACAUGGAAAUUAUUGUGCUAUUGAAUAGACUGUCUCUAAAGACCACAGAAGUCUCUUAGAAAUUUGGCUCCCUGUCUAUGUCACCAGUCAAAAGUUUGAAUCAGAAACUCUAGAAGGGAACUACACAAUAGAUCUCGUAACGCUGUAACACACACCAGUGGAGUGGAGCAGUGGAUUGGUUGACCCCUUUCAGCAUACUAGUGCCGUUGCAAUAUUGUUUCCAGUUUCCAGGGAGAAUAAAAGCACUUCUAUUGAGCGUAGUUAAUUUUCCUUAGUAAUGAUAGAGAGCUCCAGAUUAGCGAAAUAUAUUCUGUCAUGCCUUAUACAGUUAAGCACUACAUAUCCCAGAUUGCAAGUCAGACACUGAAUAGAUUCAAUAAGAAGAGUCUACAUGAUGACCCCAGAAAUAAGACUGUUUUGUCUGCAGUUGAAGCACUCUAUGAAAUGAGGCAAGCCCUCAACGAUAACAGUGGUGUCCUUCAUGACUGGAACGAUAAUCAAAUGAGCCCCUGCUAUUGGGACCAUGUUACUUGUCAAGACAACAUAGUUACAAAAAUAAGUUUGUCCUCAUCUGGAUUAACAGGGGUCUUGUCACCCAGCAUUGCAAAGCUAACAACUUUACAAGAGCUGCUAUUGAAUGGCAACAGCAUAACUGGAGGGAUUCCUCAGGAGUUUGGGAACCUAUCAAGUUUGACAACUCUAAACCUUGGACAAAAUAAUUUAAAUGGCUCAAUACCGGAUUCCCUUGGCCAUCUUCCUAAACUUGAAAUUCUGGAUCUAAGCCAAAACAAUUUAAGCGGGAGUAUUCCAAGCUCUUUCUUAAAUCUUCCAUCAUUGAAUAAUAUCAAUCUUGCAUAUAAUAAUCUUAGUGGUGAAAUACCACAAUAUCUACUUCGGGUGGCUCAAUACAACUAUACAGGUAACCAUUUGAAUUGUGGCCAACAUUUAUUUUCAUGUGAAGGAGGCAGCACAAGGACAGGCGGAUCAAAAAACUCCAAGCUAAAGGUGGUUCUUGGAAGCAUUGCUGGAGCAGUCACUCUCCUUGUCAUUGGAGUUCUAAUUGUGUUAUGGUGGCAAAGAAUGCAUUACCGACCUGAAAUCUUCAUUGAUGUCUCAGGUCAGAAUGAUCACAGACUAGAGUUUGGGCAGAUAAAGCGGUUCUCAUGGCGAGAGCUCCAGAUUGCAACCAACAAUUUCAGUGAACAGAAUGUUCUUGGCAAAGGAGGUUUUGGUAAGGUGUACAAAGGAGUUCUUCCAGGUCCAGACAGUAUAAAGAUUGCAGUGAAACGACUGUUUGAUGUGGAGAGUCCUGAAGGGGACCUGCCUUUCCUCAGAGAAGUUGAAUUGAUAAGCAUUGCUGUACAUAAGAACAUAUUAAGGUUGAUAGGGUUCUGUACGACACCGAAAGAAAGACUCUUGGUCUACCCUUUCAUGGAGAAUCUGAGUGUUGCUUCCCGUUUAAGAGAUAUAAAACUAAAUGAACCAGCAUUAGAUUGGACUACAAGAAUGCGAAUUGCUCUUGGUGCUGCCCGUGGAUUGGAAUACCUUCAUGAGCACUGUAAUCCCAAGAUCAUCCACCGUGAUGUGAAGGCUGCCAAUGUCCUGCUUGAUGGGAACUUUGAAGCAGUUGUAGGAGAUUUUGGGUUGGCAAAGAUGGUGGACAUAGGAAGGAACACAGUCACGACAGGGGUUCGUGGCACUAUAGGCCACAUAGCUCCUGAGUACAUAAAGACAGGAAGGCCAUCAGUUAAGACAGAUGUAUUUGGAUAUGGUGUCACGCUGUUAGAGAUUGUAACAGGGGAGCGAGCAAUUGCAUUCUAUCCUGACCGUAUCGAAGAAGCAGGCGAGAUCAUGCUAAUUGAUCAGGUCAAAAUGUUGAUGGAAGAAGGGCGACUACAUGAAAUUGUCGAUCGCAAUCUAGGUGGUGCAUACAACCAUGAAGAGCUGGAGAAGAUUACCCAGGUAGCACUCCUCUGCACCCACAUGGACCCUGAUCAACGCCCUGCAAUGUCUGAGGUGGUGCAGAUGCUGGAAGGAGAGUUUGUCCCAGUAGAGCGAUGGGAGGAGUGGCAGCUAGCUGAGCUCAACCGACGACAGCAGCAUGAAAUGAGGCAGCAGCGCAAACUAUUCAGCUUCAGUGAAGAAUCUCUAAACAUUCAGGAAGCCAUUGAGCUGUCAACUGGCAGAUGAGCUGCAAGAUCAUAAAAAAUUGCCAUAUUUCUCACUUGUUCCGUCAGUAAAAAUGGUGCAAGGAAAAUUCAGGAGUACGCUCUACGUUUUGACUACUAGGAAUACUCUAUAGGUGUUGACGUUAUAGUUUGCAUCGGUAAGUGCAUCCACAUUGGUGAAUAGAGCAGUUGAUUACACCUAGCUCAGACCACGUGUAUAUUAUAGACUAGACUGUUCGUAUUUUCUUUGCAUUCUAAAAAAAUGGACCAUGAGGGGGAGACUACCCCUGGGCUUGGUUCUAAGAAGGUGCCGUGCUUCGAAUCCAGGUCAGGACGGGAGUUUCAACGACUCCUGGAGUUCAACGCUCUAACCAGUCCACCGCGAGUGCACAACUCUUGUAAAUGAAAUUCUCUGAUAUGUGUGUUGUUGGUUAUUAGAAA